AAAUGAAUGUUUAAGAUAAUAAUAGGAGAGUUUAGUUUAAAAUGUAUGUAAAACACGAAUUGCCAAAUAGAAUCAGUUAAAGAAAAUCAUCAGCAUCACUAAUCACUGCAUCAGCCAACAAGAUGUUGCAGUCAACAAGCUUAACUCCAAAGGUUGACGAGAUACAUGUUCUAUUGCGCUGUAAAUACCAUUUUCUAAAAAAAAUACAGCGCCUUUCUUCAGGGUACAAAGUUUAAAGGUAAUAACGCGAUAGAAAGACAUCGGCAAGUAUUGGCGAAGUUUACGCAGACAAAGUAAGAAAAUAAAUAAAAUGGGCAAACAAAAUAGUAAACUAAAGCCUGAGGUCUUAGAAGACCUGAAGCAGAACACUGAGUUUUCAGAUGCAGAAAUACAAGAAUGGUAUAAAGGCUUUUUAAAGGAUUGUCCCAAUGGCCACUUAUCUGUUGAGGAAUUUAAAAAAAUAUACGGCAACUUCUUUCCGUACGGGGACGCUAGUAAGUUUGCAGAGCAUGUGUUCCGGACAUUUGACGCGAACGGCGACGGCACUAUAGACUUCCGGGAGUUCCUGUGUGCUCUUAGCGUCACGUCGCGCGGCAAACUUGAACAGAAACUCAAAUGGGCCUUCUCGAUGUACGAUUUGGACGGCAACGGCUACAUAUCCCGCCAGGAGAUGCUCGAGAUUGUCAGUGCAAUUUAUAAAAUGGUGGGAUCAGUUAUGAAGAUGCCAGAGGACGAAUCAACACCGGAGAAGAGGACGGACAAAAUCUUCCGUCAGAUGGACACAAACAACGACGGGAAGCUUUCCCUCGAGGAGUUCAUAGAGGGGGCUAAGAGUGACCCCUCUAUUGUCCGGUUACUGCAAUGCGAUCCACAAUCAGAGUGAUACGCCAGAUAUUAAUAUCGCGGUCACAAACACGGACAUUUGACCUUAUAAAUAGUACCUAAUCUGUACAUUAUCACUUAUCAUGCUUCUAUAAGCUAGUGCCCGGCUAAGAGUUUCCCCGCAUGUGACUUGUACGGGACUUGUCCUGUUGCUUGGCUGUCUAUACCAGUUUAUUCAAUAUGUGUUGUAGUUAUACCUUUUACAAUAUACCCGUUGUCUUAUUGUAUUGUUAUUCAAAACGCAAGGGCUAUUUAUAGAUAGUUAAAUUGUAUUUAAAAUUGACAAUAUUUGAUAGGUUCAUUUAAUUGUUUUAGAUGUUACAGAAAAAUAUUUAGAAUGGAUGAUUAAGAAUCAAUUUUUGUAAUUUGUAACCAUUUCUUGGGUUAACAAUCGAAUAUGUGAUAAAUUGCCUCUCCCCAAGAAUCUUACAUGAGUUUCACACGAAGACAAGACACAGAUAAAAUAGCAAUACUGCACUGUCUACUGCUCUGCAUCACGAUUAUGCCCUCGUGUGAAACUAGCGUUCCAGUAACAUAGUUUUAGUUUACAUACUGAGUUUAGUGUUGUAAGGCAGAUACAUUCGAAAGUAAAGAAGUAGCAAAUCCUUUUCACUGUUCUUCCUCAUAGGUUCUUUAAAAGCACCCUUUCCAUUAAUAUUUUCACUCGAAUUUGCCAAAGUUUAGUCCGGAAAAUCUCACAUUACUUGAGUAAUUAAUUCUCACAACUUAGUCUUUCCUCAAAUUUGUAGAAUUAAGAUUAUCUCUCCCAUUUGUCUUUCUUCCGUGUUGUGCCUUAACACUAAGAAAAGCUGUAUUCCUUGUCUUCUCGGUUAUUUAUAUUUAUAAAAAAAAACUUUACAUCUUAACGCACCUCUAAUGACGUAGAAAACAAAUGUUAUGCUUUACGCUUGUACAACCAGACAUCAGGACAAUAACAACGCUACUAGUUUUUCAUUACUAUGGUACAUUUAAUUUUUCACUAUUAUUAAGUACAUAGUUGCAAUCCUUAAUCGUCUUGUCCUCAAAUCAUAAAUUCGCUACUAGCUCUUAUAAAUGAUUGUAAAAUCGAGUUUAUCAAUCAAAUAAGUGAACCUUAAAAUUUAUUGAUAACCUCUCUUAUUACGGUCGUUGCGAUAACAUAUUUUCACCUAUACCUAUCUCUGUUAUUCAAUUUAUUGUAUCUAGACAUUAUUAAAUAAACAUCAAUGCUAUAGGUUACAAAUACAUAGCUUCAUCGAUAUGUUAAUAAUUAAAACUCUCUAAAUCACAUUUAGAACAUAAAGAUCUGAUUACAAUUACGAUUAGAAAUAAUGUUUUAGAUUACCUACGUACAAAAGAGUAAUCUGUUAAAAUUAAGUAAUUCAAUAUUUUAAUAAUCAAUAUGAAAAGCUGUUAUUUGACGUAAAUGUGUGACGUUAGAACAUAAAAUGGGCUAAAUAUAAAGUUAAACGUAGAUUCAAUGGAAAAGUACAAAAGUAUUGGAAUCGUUUUCUUUGUAAUUGUAAAAGACAAGAUAGGAGAAGCGUAUAUUAUAAAUUCCUUGUAUAGUGUAGUGCUGAAUAUCAACGGACCAAGUCCGUCGGAAUCUCGGAGCGAAAAGAACUAAGCGAGUUUAAUUUAUUACAAAAGUACAUGUAAUAUAAAUAACACUAAUAUGUACAAUUAGCCCUUUUUGUUUGAGAAUGUAUAACAGAAAUAAGUCAUGUGGACAAAACACCAGCAAAAUAAUUACCUAGGUCGUUUCUGCAUAAGAUUUAAGAACUUUGACACUUUUUUUUUCUUUUUGGAUAUAAGUUUUGUAAUCUGUCCUAUUCGAAGUUAACUAUGUUACUAUAAAAGCAUAAAAAUGCACCUAUUCUUUCUGGAUUUUGGCAACUAUAUAAUUUUAUUAACCACAUAGUAUUCAUGCUUGAAUGUACCACAUAAACAAAAGGUAUUGGUGUGCUUACCAACAAUAUUGUACAAUAUUAUAAGAUAAAAUAUAAUUUCUUUAAAAUCUUAAUCUAUUUAAUAAUAUUAUCUCAAUGUCACUAUUAUUUCACGAAACUAAUCUCUUGCAAAUAUUUAUUGAUCAAGUCUUUAACUUUUUCUGGUAUUUUUGUACAAAUCUGACUUCAUGUUUAAGCCCAAAACAUAUUGAACUAGAAAGUUGGUAACGUGACUAUGGGACGCCUUAAUGUGGCUGUUUUCAGGUAGCUAGCUUUCAAACAUCGAAUAUACAUAAUAUGUAAGUAAAAAAA